AUGCUAACCAUCUGGAUCCGCGGGUUUCCUGCUGUUAUUCGAUGCUGUUCCGCAUUCAUGCGAUCUCUCUUCCCUCGUGUCGUCCGGCUCCUCGUUCUCUCUUCUUUCGGCACGUGCUCUUUUUUCCUUUCCCCCUGCUCUCGUUUCCUUCCCCCCUGCUCUCUUUUCCUUCCCCCCUGCUCUCUUUUCCUUCCCCCCUGCUCUCUUUUCCUUCCCCCCUGCUCUCCUUUCCUUCCCCCCUGCUCUCUUUUCCUUCUCCCCUGCUCUCUUUUCCUUCCCCCCUGCUCUCUUUUCCUUCCCCCCUGCUCUCUUUUCCUUCCCCCCUGCUCUCUUUUCCUUCCCCCCUGCUCUCUUUUCCUUCCCCCCUGCUCUCUUUUCCUUCUCCCCUGCUCUCGUCUCCUGCCUGACUCGUGUGCGCAGUCCACGGCGGAGGGGGAACGCUGUGUGGUAAAUUCUCUGGGGGGAGAGUGUGUGGGCGCGGGAGUGGAUCCAGCACCUGCAUCUGCUGCUCAGGGCGGGUCGUCCCCACCCACACCACCACCACCGGGCAUUGCGGCACCAGCUCCUGCUGCUCCUGCUCUCACCGCCUCUCUUGCCAACACGCCCCAUGCAACUCCUCCUGCUGCUGUGGCGCCCGGAGGAGCAGCAGCUGCUGCUGCUGCUGGGGUUGGCAAUGGUGAAUGGGGAGUGCCGCCCACCUCCGGUGCGCAUCAGCAUAUGGUAGCACAAGGAACGGUGCAGCAAGGAGCAGUGCUGCACCAAGCGGUGCAGAACGGUUCCCCUCGAAAUCCUACUUGUAGCGAGCCGUCUUUUGCUGCAGAUCCUUCCUCUGUGUCGCUUGCUGCUGCUCCGUCUGCCACCUGUGUUUCUCCCCCACCGGAUUUCGUUGUUGCGUCUGCUCUGUAUGCCACUCAGCUGACUGCCCCCACUUGCUCACCUGUUUCAAGCCCUGCUGCAAAACCUGCUACGUGUCCCGUUACAAGUCCAGUAUCAAAUCCUGUUACAAGCCCCGUUUCAAAUCGUGUUUCAAGCCCCGUUUCAAAUCCUGUUACAAGCCCCGUUAGAAAUCCUGCAACGAAGCUAGUCACAAGUAGGGUCGCGCCAGGUCAUGUGGGGGCAGCAAGCACGGGCCAGCAGCAGGGCGCACUGAUCGGGGGUGCUGCCUCCGCCCAGCUCAUGGCCUCUCUCACUGCAGCACCAGCGGUGGGACCAGGAGCUGUGGCGAGUACAGGAACAAAAUUGUCGCCAGCGAGAGCAGUAGGCGCAGGGGCAGCAGGCAGCAGCGCGCAGCACCCUGCAGUUGCAGCAGUAGGCGCAGGAGGAGGGGGAGGCGGAGGAGGUGCAGCGGAGAGUGCAUCACAGUUGUCAGAAGCACUUGCGGCCGCAGCAGCAGGGGGUGGCGCGGGGACAGGGGGAGCAGCGGGGGCGCAGCUGUCAGCAGCGCUGGCAGCAGCCGGGGGCAGCAGCGCGCAGCUGUCGGCUGCACUGGCGGGCCUCACGGGGACUGGCAGAGGCGCCGCCUCCAAUGAACCCCGACUCAGGGACGUGCUCAGUGACCCCCUCACGGGUCGAUUGCUUGAUGACGCCGUGGUGGGGUGCUGCGGCCAUUCCUUCGGAGGGGCAACGCUGGCCGUUGUGCGCGAAUCAAGCACGUGUCCCGAGUGUGGCGCACACAUAGACGCCGCCACGCUCACCCCCAACCUCACCCUGCGUGCCGCCGUCGCUGCCUUCCGCCGCGAGUCCAGCUCCCUCGCUGCCGCCGCCAUGGCUGCUGCCGCUGCCGCUGCCGCCCAGUUCCAUCUGCUCUCUCUCACGCCUCCCUGCUUUCCCCCACUGUUCCUCCUCCCCUCUUCCACCCCGCCAAUUCAACCCGUCCCCCAGCUAUCCGCGGACACGCCCACCCACGCGCACCACCACGCGUCCUCAGCCUCACAGCACUCCCCUUCACUCUCCUUCGCCGUCGCCGCUGCCGCCGCCGCAGCCACAGCAGCCGGCUCUCCACCAGCAGUGCCCAUGGGGGGCCGAGGAGGGGCAUCCCUCCUCGCCUCCUUCGCCGCUUCCGCCUCUCCCACUGCCUCCAAGCCCGCUGCCCCGCUCCAAACCCUCCCUGGUCCGGCCCGAACCAGCUACGCUGCGCCAGGCUCGGUCACCGCCGCCAGCCUCCGAGCCUCAGCCGAGGCUCCCCAGCCGGGCACACAGCAGCCCGCCCAUCCUGCACCUGUCCGGCCGGUCCGGUCGUCCAGCACGGCCCAGUUCCCAUUCCGAGUGAACGACGUGGUGCUGAUAAAGGGCAACAAGCGCACACCGGAGCACUUCAUCGGGCGCAAGGCCAUCAUCACGACGCAGUGCCUCAACGGGUGGUACAUGGUGCGCACUCUCGAUGGCGCUGCUGACGAGGUGCGCCUGCAGUACCGGUCCCUGGAGAAGAUCCAUGCUGCUGCCGCUGCUGGGGGAGGAGGGGCAGGGGGGAGUGGAGGGGGUGGAGGAGCGGAUGGGGUUGGUGCUGGUGGGGUUGCGGGGGGGGGGAGUGUGGUGACAGGUGGGGGAGGAGGAGGGAGUGGGGGCGGGGGGAGAGGAGGGGUGGGUGGAGGCGAGGGGGAGAGUCAUCGGCUGCUGCCGCCAGCUGGGGUGCCCAAGGGGCGAGGGGGAGGGCAUGGUGGAGCGCGCAGGGAGACCAAAUCCAAACCUUUCAUCCCACUCCCACAACACCCCCCCCCCGGUCCCCUACCUACCCACCUCUUUCCGCCACGCCCCUUCCAACUCUCCUCUUCCUCCCGCCCUGUCUGUGUCCCUGCCUGCCAACUCUCCACCUGGUCGCCCCCUUCUCGCGGCAGUGGGGCGGGGCAGGGGAGGCCGGGGGGCGGGGAGGGCGGCAACAAAUGCAUCGCCCAUCAGCACGCCAGCGUCACUCUGCGGCAGUCUCUCCACGCCCAACGCGUCCCUCUGGACCGCCUCUCCAUGCCCAGCGCCUCCUUCUGGACCAGUGCGUCGCUCUCCUCCUCCACUCGUCCCCCUGCCUGUGUUGCUCCCCCUCUUCUGCCUCUUCCUCUUGCCUGUCUACCUUGUGCCUCCUGUUCUCCCCCUACUCUCUCCCCUCCCCAACCCCCCGGCUACUCCUGUGUUGCUCGCUCUGCUCUGCCCCGUUCGGUGGCAGGUUCGGCAGCAGCAUCGGAUGCAGCAGGGGGAGCAUCACGGUCAGUGUCAGUGUCGGGGGACUUUGGCAUGUGCAGCGGGCCGGCAGGGGAGGUGGAGCAGGGCGCCAUGUCCACCACUCCCAGAAGCGGCACCUCCCAUGUCACCCGCAUGUCCCAUGCCGCCCCCAUGCCCCACAUGCCUCAUGUGCCCCACAUGCAUGGUCCUGGUGGUGCUAUGGUUGUGAAUACACCGCACACUAGCAUGUCAACGCCCCAUCACGCCAUGCCGUCUGCCCACCACAGCUCAUCAACGGCUCCACAGAGCACGGUGGUUUAUCCGACGGCCAGCAGCGCGCCCACCACGCCGGCAUCCAUUGGUCAUGCUGCCAUGCCCGUGCCUGCUAGCCCAGGUUCGGCCGUGCCUGCCAGUCCAGGUCCGGCCGUAGCAGCAAGCCCAGGCUCGGUGGGGCGAGUGCAGCGAGGGCUGGGUGUGCAGGCGAGCCCAGGCUCGGCAACUUUCCGGCCCUUGUUCCAGACAGGCCGGGGGUAUGCGGCGGAGAGAACCGAUCCUGGAGGAGGUUCGGUAGCGGCAGGGGCGGCAGGAGUAGCAGGAGGCAGAGGUGAGGGGUCCGGUGUAAUGGGCGAGGGGACAGGUCUUACGGGCUCAGCUCAGGCACCGGGAUUCGGUGCACCGAAGGCGGUGAGCUCAUCAGCGGUCGAAUCUUUGACAGUGGGCGCAGCGGCAGGUGGUGGUGUGGCAGCAGGGACGGGGGGGGAAGCAGGGCAGGGGCAUUCCCUAGCAAUGGGCGGUCAGAGGCCAACUGAAGGGGUUCUGAGGAGUGAAGUGUAUGGGCAGCAAGUGGGUGUGCAGACUACAGGGCAGUGUAUGGUGCAGCAGCCCCUAGGUCAGCAGCAGUGGAGCGCCGCACAGGGGGCAGGACUGCGGCAAGGAGGAGCAGAGACGGCGCAGGUGUGGCAGGCAGCAGUGCAGGGGCAGGGGGGCACUGCCGUGCAAGGGGCAGGGGGCGUGAUGCAGAUGCAGAAUCCGAUGAGCCUGCCAUGCUAUGAGCUGCCAUGCUAUGAGCUGCCAUGCUAUGAGCUGCCAUGCUAUGAGCUGCCAUGCUAUGAGCUGCCAUGCUAUGAGCUGCCAUGCUAUGAGCUGCCAUGCUAUGAGCUGCCAUGCUAUGAGCUGCCAUGCUGUGAGCUGCCAUGCUGUGAGCUGCCAUGCUAUGAGCUGCCAUGCUGUGAGCUGCCAUGCUGUGAGCUGCCAUGCUAUGAGCUGCCAUGCUAUGAGCUGCCAUGCUAUGAGCUGCCAUGCUGUGAGCUGCCAUGCUGUGAGCUGCCAUGCUAUGAGCUGCCAUGCUAUGAGCUGCCAUGCUGUGAGCUGCCAUGCUGUGAGCUGCCAUGCUAUGAGCUGCCAUGCUAUGAGCUGCCAUGCUAUGAGCUGCCAUGCUAUGAGCUGCCAUGCUGUGAGCUGCCAUGCAAUGAGACGCCCACCUAUGAGCUGCCAUGCUAUGAGCUGCCAUGCUAUGAGCUGCCAUGCUAUGAGCUGCCAUGCUAUGAGCUGCCAUGCUAUGAGCUGCCAUGCUAUGAGCUGCCAUGCUAUGAGCUGCCAUGCUAUGAGCUGCCAUGCUAUGAGCUGCCAUGCUAUGAGCUGCCAUGCUGUGAGCUGCCAUGCUGUGAGCUGCCAUGCUAUGAGCUGCCAUGCUGUGAGCUGCCAUGCUGUGAGCUGCCAUGCUAUGAGCUGCCAUGCUAUGAGCUGCCAUGCUAUGAGCUGCCAUGCUGUGAGCUGCCAUGCUGUGAGCUGCCAUGCUAUGAGCUGCCAUGCUAUGAGCUGCCAUGCUGUGAGCUGCCAUGCUGUGAGCUGCCAUGCUAUGAGCUGCCAUGCUAUGAGCUGCCAUGCUAUGAGCUGCCAUGCUAUGAGCUGCCAUGCUGUGAGCUGCCAUGCUAUGAGCUGCCAUGCUAUGAGCUGCCAUGCUAUGAGCUGCCAUGCUAUGAGCUGCCAUGCUAUGAGCUGCCAUGCUAUGAGCUGCCAUGCUAUGAGCUGCCAUGCUAUGAGCUGCCAUGCUAUGAGCUGCCAUGCUGUGAGUGCUGUGAGCCCAGCCCAGCUGCUCUUUCUCCAGCUUCUUUGGCUCCUCUCCCACGUGCUGCUCUCUCCCACGUGCUGCUUUCUUAA